AGAAAACCUGAAACAAGAGUAUCGUCGUCUCACCGUGAAAGAUAUCAGAUAAAUUACAUACACUAUUCGCGCAUAUUUUGCAGUGUUUUUUAACUUAUUUUCUGAAGCACAGGGCGCGAUGGAAGGUCCGAGCAAUGGCGGAUUGUUGUACCAUGAAGUGCAGGAGUCGAAGCUCUGCGCCGUACAUUGCGUCAACACAGUGAUGCAGGGUCCCUUCUUUUCGGAGUUCGAUUUGGCUGCCCUCGCCUCUGAUCUCGAUCGCAAGGAGCGUCAGAUGAUGCUCGAAGGCGGUGCCGUCUCCGAUGAUUUCCUCCGUUUCGAUUCUGAGGGGUCUCAUAAUGUCUCCAUGGACGGCGACUUUAGCAUCCAGGUUCUCCAGAAGGCUCUGGAAGUGUGGGACCUGCAAGUCAUCCCUCUUGACUGCCCUGUAGCUGAGCCUGCCCAAAUUGAUCCAGAACUGGAAAAUGCAUUUAUCUGUCACUUGCAGGAUCAUUGGUUUUGCAUCAGGAAAGUAAAUGGAGAGUGGUAUAACUUUGACAGUCUCUAUGCAGCUCCUGAACACCUCUCAAAGUUCUAUCUUUCAGCCUAUCUUGAUUCUCUUAAAGGCUUUGGAUGGAACAUUUUCCUGGUGAGGGGGAACUUCCCAAAGGAGUGUCCCAUCUCAUCAUCUGAAGCUUCUAAUGGUUUUGGGCAGUGGCUUUCUCCUGAAGAUGCCCAGAGGAUCACUAAAUCUUCUAAUGUGACACAAGCUGCUCCCCAUGGAACCAACUUGUCAGAGCAAACCUUGGAUCCUGAUCUGCCAUUUAAGGAAGAGGAAGCACUCUCUGACAUGGAAGAUGAAGAUUUGAAGGCUGCGAUUGCUGCCAGCUUGAUGGAUUCCAAUCUGACGAGUUCUGGGACAACCACUACUGGAGAUGUAAAUCAAUAACAGCUAAGAAUGUGCAGAAGGAAUUUUUAAACUUAAAAAGAGUCCAUUAGUCGAAAAAUCUGGAUUCAACCAAAAUACAUGUCUAUUCAGAUACAAAGAGUGUUAGCUUCUAUCUCCAUUUUAAUGUUUAAUUAUGUGCUGAAUGUAUUAAUUUACCAAUUUAUCCUUCGUGAUACUUUAUCAAAGUUAAUGUUGUAAAGGGAUCUUAAAGAGUUUUCUAAUGUCUUGAACUGGGUGGUCUACCCUGUUUCUGGAUUUAGAA